UCGAACGCAACGGUACACGAACGGACACGUCGCGUGCAAACACACACUCAGCACACUGGCAGGACAACAACAGAAUGUGUCCCGAUAACAGAGCCCAAACAAACACCAAAUUGCAGUUCAAUUUAAUUAAAUGAAACACACAUUUUUUUCGAGUUUAGCGUUGACUCAAAGUGGCAACAACUCCCUUCUUCCACAACAAUAACAACAAAUAAACAAUAAAGAAGCAGUGCAAAAAGUACCGAAAGUCAGCAGCCGCAUUUUGAAGUUACGUCAAAAGGAGUCGAGAAGAAGGGAGAGAGAGAGAGCCGAAUAAGCAAACAACAACACCAACAACAACAGCAACUAGAGCAGAGCACGCGAUAAACGAAUCACGAGCAACUGUAAAUGCGAAAGGAGAAAGCAGACGCAGAAAAGGAAGCAGUGAAGGGAAUUUGUUUUUGGCGCGUCGUCGCCGUUAGCUUUUGUUUUUGUUUUUCCGUUUCUGUUGUUUUUGUUUUUGUUCCUGUUUUUCUUUGUUGAUUGCUUUGCAGCCGGCGAAGGGUGCCAAAGCGGAGACUGAUAAAGCGCGUAGGCGGCGCAGGCGAAGGAGGCGGAGCAGCGAGCAGGGCGAGCAGUAGGAACACCCAGGCUUAUGUAAAGCGUAAUAUGGAAGCAUGUCGUCCACUUCCAGCUCCGUGCUAACGUUGUCAUCGUUUAAUCUAUUAUUUUUCACCCAAGUGCUCACUGUACUCAGUUCGACGAUCAAGUACAACGAAUACGCCACAGACAAGGGCAACAAUGUGAGCAUACCUUGCAUAGCCCAGGGCAACAUUAUGUGGGUGAAAGAGCACGGCAACAACAGCACAAUAGUUCAGACUGGUCGUGUCUUGGUUCUGCGCAAUGUAAGCCCCUCGGAUGGUGGCAUCUACGUGUGCUUCGCCUCGCUGCCCCGGCCAUCGUCAACUGCAGCAACUGCAACAUCUGCAACAACUGCAAUUGCAAGGAGCAGUCCAGCAACAUCAGCAACUACCUCACCACAACAAGCACAGGAUCGGGAUGAGGAGAAUGAGGACAGGGAGUCCUCCAAGGACACGGAGCAGGCGGAGCAGGAGGAAGUGGAAUAUUUGGCCUAUCAGCGGACAAAGCUCACCGUUCGCACGGUUCCGGGUCCGGUGACGCAACUGUACUUCAAAGCCUCCACCAUAUUGGGUUUUCUCAUUUGGCGCUUUAAUAAGACCCAGUCCGGUGGCUAUCCCGUGCGCAGUUUCACGGCCGAAUUCCGGAAUGUCUCCUACAGUACACCGCCGGCGAAUGCCAGCUUCGAGCAUGCCUGGAGUCGAAUGGAUCCCAUUAAUAUAGCCCCCAAUGUGCGCCAAAUGGAGGUCUAUCGCCUGGCACCAAACACCACCUAUGAGUUUCGGAUAUGGGCCAAUAAUGAGCUGGGCAGUGGGGAAGUGGUCACCACUAAUGUCACCACACUGCCGGAAACCAAGGAGGAGGAUCUCAUACGCCUUAUAAAACCCGACUUAGACAAUUUCGAUCCACGCAUUUGGAUAGUGGCCGUCAGCAUAGUGCUCGGGACCCUUGUGAUAUUAGCGAUCGGACUCUGCAUUGUGCUCUCCAAGGAGUGCUAUCAGUCAGCGCAAAUGGAACUGCAAGAUGGUUGGGACAGCAUUGAGCUUAUACCGAAUAUAAUAUUAAAUCCCGGUUUCAGCGAGUCGGAUGGCGGAGCAGGUGGCGAUGAGGCAGGCGAGGAUGCCGACGACGAGGAGCUGGACGAUGGCGAGGGCGAGGAGGGUGAGGAUAAUGUGCCCCUGGCCUUUCCACGCACCAUUAUCUUUGGCACUCAGCAUCAUCGCCAGCCUCGGUCGCAUCUUCAUCCCCAGCAACAGCAACAGCAGCAGCAGCAGUUGCAGUUGCAGCAACAACAGCCCCGUCAGCAGCAGCAACAUCAGCCGCGUCACCAUCAUCUGCAACCCUUCCACCUGCAGGUUCAGAGCCAUCACCACCAUCACCAUCGACACCGUCAUGAUGAUGACGACGACGAGGACUAUGAGGAGGAGCAUGAGCCCACCAUGGAGCGGUUCAAGCGCAAGGUAUCGGUCUUCUUCACCGGGCCCACUAUCAAGCGCAUUUGAGAGUACAAACACUGGACACAUCUAGGUUGUUGAUUGGACAACAUGGAGCUUAUAGGUCAACACUCUUGUUUUACCUUCGGUUUCUGGUCCGUUGUUGCGCUUAGAAAAAUUGAAAUUUGGCCACCUUGUUAUAGCAAGAUGCGUAACGCCUAUAAAUUUCACUUCUUUUAUGCCAGCGUUACUCAUCUUGUUACUAUCAAGUUCUGUAAUUUCCCAAUCCAUGUUUUAGUUAGCGAAAAUUCUCUUAAAAAAGUUGUUAAACUUUACUCUACCAAUUGUUCUUAUGACAGCUUUCGAUAGUUUUUGGGCCAUAUUAGCCUCUGCCUAACCCUAUGAUUUAUUGCUCAUCUCGUUGCUUCUCCCAGAUCACAACUAUAUAUAUACAUAUAUAUGUAGCAUAUAUACACGUAUUAUAAAUAUAAACAAAAACAAAUAUAUUGCUGUGAUACAAAUUCAAUUGAAACGGACAUUGUAAGGAUUUACCACUCGAGUUAUUAUCUAACCAUCAUGAACUUGCUGAAGCUCGUAGACGAAGACGAAUGAGAAUUCAAUUGAAUUAUUGCCUAGCUAAAAAACAAAAACGCUAUCUGAGUUACAGCAAUUGGAUUACUCAGAUCCCAGAUAUAUACAUAGACAACAGACAGAGUUUAGCGAAAGAGUUUUGCUUAGAGCCACAAAUGCAGCAGAAAGAGGUCUGUUACUGAAGAGCCCAACUUAAGAAAUUACCCCUUCUCGUCCGUUUAUCCGUUUAAAUAUUAUAUAACAAUAAAAUUCAGAUCCUUUUUCCAUCUCAGUAAAUUCUAUAUAUAUAAUCUUCUGUAACGGACCUCCCAUAGCCCAGACCCUCGGCUAUAGCGUUCCAACUUGUUUUGUUUUCGGUUCGGUUGAAAGGAUUUAACAAACUGUGAAACAAUUUUAUAAUUGAGCAAAUAUUUUGCACUGUAGAGCGCACCAAACGAUCUAUAUAUACAUACUAUAUAUAUAUAUAUAUAUUAAAAUAUACU